AUGGCCAAGAGUGGACCUUUGAUUACUCUCGAAGAGCACUUCUUCUCCGAAACCACUCGUGCAUGGGCCUCUGAUGCAGCUCCGACCGCUAUCCAACACUUUCCUCCUCCAAUCACCACCAAGCUAUCGAAUCUCGGUGAUGAACGACUCAAAGACAUGGACGCUGGCUCGGUGACUCUGCAGGUGAUAUCCCACGGCCCCACGAACGGCUCGGCGCCCAGCGAGAUCUGCCGCAAAGCCAACGAUGAGCUCAAGUCCGCGGUGGAAGGGAGCAAAGGGCGCUUUGCGGGCUUCGCCAUGGUUCCCAUGAACGAGCCUGCCGCUGCCGCCGAGGAAUUGGAGCGUUGUGUCAAGACCCUGGGAUUCGUGGGGGCGCUGGUCAACAACCAUGAGAAAGGUCGCUUUUACGAUGACACUUUCUUCUGGCCCGUCUUUUCCCAAUGCCAAGCCCUCGACGUGCCCAUCUAUCUGCACCCGACAAUCCCGGGCCCGGCAAUGGCGAAAGGCUCCGGCAACUAUCCCGAGAUCGUAGCGCAAGGUCUCGACAGCUACUGCUGGGGCUGGCAUUCGGAAACCGGGGUGCACAUACUGCGCCUCUUUGCCAGCGGCUUGUUCGACAAGUAUCCCACGCUGAAGAUCAUCAUUGGACACAUGGGCGAGAUGCUGCCGUACAUGCUAGAUCGCAUCAUACGCUUCGCCAAGAAGCAAUGGCCGGAGCGGCAGCGAGAUCUACAGACCGUGUGGGAUCAGAACAUCUAUAUCACCACCGCUGGCAUGUUUUCUGUGCCCCCUAUGGCGUGUCUGCUGAGAGUCUGUAAGAUUGAGCACAUUCUCUACAGCGUUGACUAUCCAUUCUCGAGCAACGAGGAAGGGAAAGACUUUAUGGAUGAACUUGGGAGGAGUGGGCUAUGUUCGAACGAGGAGAUGGACAAGGUUGCCUAUGGAAACGCGCAGGAGUUGCUUGGUGUUAAGGCUAUGCAGUAG